UUCACUGGUUUCACCUGUCACUCGAUUCACCUCAUCUUGUGAUUUCCUGUUCGUUCGUUUCGUUUUCUUUUUUCGAAGUGUUUUGAUGAUUAUUCUUCUGGUGUAUUGUUAUUUCUUACCCUGACACUACAGGAUGGUCAUGGUGUCUUCAUUAUGUGCAUGUGUGGGCAAACACUAGGUGUAAAAUACACUAGGGAGCGCUGAUCAUGUGUGGGUGAACAUUUGUGAGGGGUUUCCAUCGACGCAUUUCGUUGGGUCAAAUAAAACCCUUUUUUCAGUUUUCUGCAUUUUUCUCAGAGGGCAAAUGAAAAGUGAAACUCAGGGAAAAUUAUUAUCACCGAAGAACGACAAUGGCUUUGACUGACAGUUUUCCCUCGUCUGAGCAGUUUGCUCUCAGGUGGAACAAUUUUUCUCACAAUUUAUCCUCGGGAUUUUUAACACACCUCAACAAUCAGGACCUGGUGGAUGUCACAAUUGCGGUCGAGGGUCAAAUUCUCCAAGCUCACAAGCUUGUUCUCUCUGUUUGCAGCACUUACUUCCAAAAUAUUUUCAAGGCCAACCCUUGUCAGCAUCCAGUAGUAAUUCUCAAAGACAUGGGCUACACCGAAGUCGAUGCACUUUUAAAAUUCAUGUACCAGGGUGAAGUCAACGUGAAGCAAGAGGAACUUGCGAGUUUUUUGAAAGUUGCUGAAACGCUUCAAGUCAAAGGUCUCACGUUGGACAAACAAAGUUUGAAGCACCUGCCGAGAGAUAAUGGCAGUGUCUCAGAGCACUCCAAUGGAGUACCAAAAAUCGAGAGUGAUUUUGAAAACAGUGGUCUGCCGGGGGAUCAUGUAAAAUCUAUUAAACAGGACAGAGUCCCGAAAAAACGAUUGUUGCAGACGAGUAACUCUACAAAUUCAUUCAAGAGAACACGUAGCUCUGGAUUGACAGCUCAGAAUUCUUCAGAUCAGACGAGUACCAGAAGUGCUUCUCCGAAGAAUGAUGGGCCUUCUGAUGAUGACAAACAUGAGACUGAUGAUACGUAUCAAGAUUUAACGAAUACUGUAGAGAAUGACAUCAAUAAAAACGUUAAUGACUCUAUUGACUUGACUAAAGAUGAUAAUUUUGGAGAUCUGGAUGAGCUCAUCCCCACGAAUACUAGUGCAAAGACUGGAGGAGAAGGAAACGUGGAGCCAGUGACGUACCGAUUGUCAGCUAGAGGUCGACCCCAGCUAGUUCAUGAGGGCUACGUCUACAAUUUGACAUCCCGUUCAGAAGUUCUAAAUCGCUCGCACUACCGCUGUGCAGAGCAACAUCGUGGCUGCCGAGGAAAAUGUGCGGUGAUAGCCGAAAGAUUUAUGCCAACUGGUGUUCACGAGCACAAUCAUGCUCCAGGGUAUCAAUCCGAACAGGAAUACCGAAAAAAGAAAGCGUCGGAGGGAGAUUAACCCUUUAAAAAAAGUAUUAACAUGAACCGAGGGAAUAAUACCACAAUCAUUCCAGUCUUACGAAAAUUUUCGUACUGUUUUUGUACCUCCAUCAAUUCAAAAGCUAUUUGAAUUUCAUUCCAGGUGGUUGCUGCAGCCAAACUAGUUCAAUAAGCGUCAAUAUUUGUUGAGAUCUCCAUUUCUCAUUUUCCAAUUAAAGAUAAUAACGUAUUUAUAAUAUAUGUUCAAAUA